AGGCAUCUAAAUAGAGAAGCGUUGCGACGACACAUUGCAGACUACCGAUCGCAGCGCUACGAGCGGAGUGACCCUGUUUGGCUUCAAUUUUCGGAGCUCGGUCAGUGUAUAGGUGUUCUGUGGGUCGUUCCGGGCACUCCCCUUAUUCCAGCCACUGUAAACUCUCCUAUUCUACCAUUUUCUGACUGCACUCUGCCUCAGCGGCAUGAUGGCGCGAGUAGUGUCACGUUUUGGCACGUACUGGAAGAGCCUAUUGCAAGAUUACGGCGCUGCUUUGAAGGACAUUGUGAAGGAUUCAAGGAGCCGGCCAGGCAAGGCAGCCCUCAUGCUAGCAGGCAGUGGAGGAGUAUGCGUGCUGGUGGCGACCAAUCCAGGUCCAGAUUCAUUUCUUAAUGCCCUUUGUUCGUCUUCAAACGACCUGCUGUUGCUGAGCGAUGGAACACGCAACCCAGAAUCUGAGGCAUAUGUGCGGCACUUGGAGACAUGCCGCUGCCACGGUGCUCUGCGUUCCUGGGACCUGCUGCUGGCAACAGUUGUGUGGGAAAGUGACCAUGCUGAGGAUUGUGACUUGUAUGCAGCUCGGUGCACAUACCUGAAAUCACGUCCGUUGACUCAGCGACACCGGCUGAUUGAUAUUGGCCUCAUUGGAAUGUGGCUAAAUCUUAGGCGAAAGAUGAAAGACUGUGACAUCAACUACGUGCAGUGGCAAUAAGACUGUUCAUUAUCAUGCACUCACUUGCAUACACAUGCGGUAUGCGAUAGCCAUGUUAGAUAGAGAAAAAAAAAAACUGGAGAGCAUGGAUUGGCAAUUUUUCACUAUAUUUAUUAGGAAUGAAAUAAUAGUUUACAAAUUAACAAGAUCUUAUUCAUUAUGUAUUAGCACAGCUUACAGGAACACCUGUACUGGAACUACAAUGCUACUAAGACAUUUUAUACCAUGUUAAUGUUAGCCUGUAUAAAUCAUACAAGCUUCACUUUUUCAGUCUAUAUUUUUUGGUACACUUGACUCAUGUGCGAUUUGUGGCAACAAGUCGAAAAGAUUCAAGCAACAUAAGCCAAAUUCCAAUGUGCCAUGUAGAAGAUCAUGCAUUACUAAUAAUGAAGGUAUCAAUGACAAGGCUUUUUUUCCAAGAUAGCUUCCUAAGUGCUGAUCCCACAUCGUUGCUACAGACCCUAAGUGUCUGCCUCUUUUUUUUUCAGGGGUGAGGGUGAGGGUGCAGGGGGGAUUCGAGUAGUGCAGUCGCCCAUUCUUGAGUGCGUUCUUUGUUAGUGAACUUCAUUGAAACUAGAACUCUCCGCUCAAGGCACGCAGCAUAGUGAAAAAUUUUUUUUGAAAAUUUCGCGAGAUAUGUUUUUGGCUCCAUUUGCCUUGUUAUCUAUUCUGCCGUAAGCUUUGGUUGAGCAAGCCAAUUCAAAGUAUCAGUCCUUAUUACUAUGCCCUUCCAAACAAUGCAACAUGGCUGAGCAGUGUGCUGUUGGGUACCACACGCUGACAAAAUAUUAUCAAGACUAGGGCAGAAUAUCAACUACAAAAAAACAAACAUCCAGUGAGUUAUGCUUGUACAGUUGUUUUUCUUUUGCAAUGCUCACAAUGGACUUCUCCCCAUUUGCAAACACUGUGACAUGACUGCGAGCACCCCACCCACUAUCCCCUCCUUGCAAGUGCUGCAAGGCAAGAAAGUUCCUCCAGCAGUAUAUUUCUGCAUACCAAGGCUGUGUGUGUUUGCAUUCCUUCGGCAAAAGUUGUUGCAUAAAUGUGAAGGGAACCAUUGCUCAUUCGAUCAAACAAACACAGGCGGGAAAGUCGGAAUAAACGGAAAGCGCUCAAAUGCGUUGUUGACUAGUAGUGCAGAUGGAACACCUUUCACGGAUUUCGAAAUUCGUCAAUUCGUGUAGCGCAAUGGCAUUGUUCACAUUCUCGAACAUCUACACAUCGUCCACAGAGCAAUGGGCUGGCUUUGUGGACUUUGAAGGACGCAUUAAAGAAGAUUGGAAACGCCGAGUUGACGACCUCGGGUUGCGCACAACUCGUGCGCAACCGGUAGCCCAAAAGUCUUUUCUUUUAUCUUAUCUUUUCGGCCAAGGAACCAUCGCAGCAUUUCGGCCAAGACGAUGGAAGACACUGACUGGAAAUUUGCACCAGGGCAAUUCGCCUAUGCGCGAAAUUACGGAAUGGGCGACAAAUGGACGCAGGUCAAGGCCACGACCGAUGCUCGACUUUUGGAAGUGGAGACUGAGGCAGGGAUUGUCCGUCACCAUAUGGACUAAGUACAAAAGUGCGAUAAGGAAUUGUUGCCCGAGAGCAAGGACACUCUGGAAUCGGCGCUACCCGACAACAAAGCGAGGACCAAAGACGCCAAGAACGCGUCUGCAGUAUCGCAACCAAUACGACAGUCCACGAGAAGGGAAAAACUGGUGGAACGUUAUGGUUACUAAGGUGGAAGAAGUGUUGCAACGCCAGCGGUUGCCGAAGUGGACGCAGAACAGCACGUGCGUGCGUCCUCUCUCUCUUUGUUCCCUCUCUGCCCCCUUUCCCCUCUUUCAUGAUAUAGGUUUCAAGCGGUCAAUAAACGCGGUCUUCUUCCUGGUGA